AUGGAUGCUUGUAGAAAUGUUAAGUGGACCCCUGCUCAGAUUUUUAGUCUUGGAUCAACUCGGACCUAUGCUGAUGGUUCUGCAAAAGAGGCCGACAAUUCAUUUCGUCCGGAUAAACCAGAAGUAGAAUAUCCAAACGGAAUUGAUAAAGGGACUCGCCCUUGGCCAAAUCUUGUUAUCGAAGUUGCAUAUUCCGAGACAAUGGAUCACGUUACAGACAAGGUGAAGAACUACUGGCUAAAGCCUGACCGUGCCCACGAUGCCAUUGUUGUAAAAAUUGACCCGGUUCCUAAUGGUCAAGUACCUACUCGUAUGAUAAUAGAAGAACAAGAUCCACAUUUCCUGCUAGAACUACGUUUGAAUUCGGCACAGUUGAUGGGAAUGGAAAUCUUUUGA